AUGCGAUUGCCUGCAAGAGCUGCACUUGGGAUUCCGAAUGUGUUUACCUCCCAACACAGGCGGUCUCGUGUGCACUGCACUGUUACCAACGGUCACGCGAUGGCCUCCCUUACCGCAUCACUCUUUCCCUUGAGCUCGCUUCGCGUCGUUGAAGUAACCAGCCCGCGCGAGUGCCGCGAAAUCCAAGUGUCGCAGCACACCACGUGGGCGCCAGCGUUGACUCUCCAGCAGUUCCUGCAGCGCGAGCAGCAGCUGGGCAGCCAUGCAUGGGCGCAAGCCAACCUGCGCACAUGGGCCCUCGUAUCAGCUGUCUCAUGUCAUGUGCUUUUGGAUCUGAUAUCCUCGCGUGUGAGGGCGAGAGAGGCGGUGCUUGCAUGGCUACCAGUCGUUGCACCCAUGCCUACGCUCACCCUAACCUCCCGUGCCCCCUAUGCACCUCAUGCCUUUGACCCCCUCUCACCAGACGCGGAUGAGUCAGAGGAUCAAGUAGAGGCACGCACACCCGAGCACCAAGCACUAGCACACCCGCCCGCGCCUCUUCAUGCCUCUGCCACCGCCACUGCCAGCACGAGUGCGAGCACCACAGGGGAGCACAGUGCGGCGUUUGUGUCUGUGCCAUGUGGCAGCAGCAGCGGUGGGGGCGGCAGGGAGGGCAGGGUGGAGCGCAGGAGAGUGCUGGCGUCGCUCGAGACGUACCGCCAGGACGCCCUUCUUCUCCCCGCCCUCUCUGCCUCCACCUCGCCAACACAUUCCCCUCUCCAUGCGCCCACAUCGUCAGCAGCAUCAUCGGCAGCAGCAGCACCGUCAGACUCAGUGUCAAGCCCAGCAUCACAAGCGCUCCAGGGGAACGCGUACGGCAUUGCAUCAGUGUUCACACCGCCCGCAAUGAGAGGUCAGGGCCUGGCCACCCACCUGUGCCGCGCCGUGCCCUCCCUGCUCGCACAGUGCGACCCCUCCGCCCUCGCUGCUGUGCUGUAUUCAGACGUGGGCGAGCACCUGUACGCUCGUGCAGGCUUCACCGCACCGCCACACGUGCUGCCGCCGUCAAUGCAUGCAAUUGGGGUGCGCGGGGGAGAGGAGGGCGAGAGGCGCGUGCGGGAGAGCAGUGCGCGGGUGGAGUGGCUGAGACGAGGCGAGCAGGUGGCUGCUGCUGUGGAUGGCUAUGUGCACAUGCUAUCCCAGCGCCCUGCUCACUCCGCCUCCUUCCUCGUGCUGCCUUCAGCCGCGCAGGUGGAUUGGAUGGUGGAGAGGGAGCAUUACUGCGCGCAACUACUGGGAGUGGAGCCCUUGCCGUGGUCAGGAGCACGGUGCAAUGAUGCCCUCAUGGUAUGGACCAUGGAUGUGGCGCAGCACAGCAAGUACAUCAAGGUGCUGCUCUUCCACGGUCAGUCACUCAUCCCUGCCCCCUUCCCCCCAUCCCUGCUCUUCCACGGUCAGUCACUCAUCCCUGCCCCCUUCCCCCCAUCCCUGCUCUUCCACGGUCAGUCACUCAUCCCUGCCCCCUUCCCCCCAUCCCUGCUCUUCCACGGUCAGUCACUCAUCCCUGCCCCCUUCCCCCCAUCCCUGCUCUUCCACGGUCAGUCACUCAUCCCUGCCCCCUUCCCCCCAUCCCUGCUCUUCCACGGUCAGUCACUCAUCCCUGCCCCCUUCCCCCCAUCCCUGCUCUUCUACGGUCAGUCACUCAUCCCUGCCCCCUUCCCCCCAUCCCUGCUCUUCCACGGUCAGUCACUCAUCCCGGCCCCCUUCCCCCCAUCCCUGCUCUUCCACGGUCAGUCACUCAUCCCGGCCCCCUUCCCCCCAUCCCUGCUCUUCCACGGUCAGUCACUCAUCCCUGCCCCCUUCCCCCCAUCCCUGCUCUUCCACGGUCAGUCACUCAUCCCUGCCCCCUUCCCCCCAUCCCUGCUCUUCCACGGUCAGUCACUCAUCCCUGCCCCCUUCCCCCCAUCCCUGCUCUUCUACGGUCAGUCAGUCAUCCCUGCCCCCUUCCCCCCAUCCCUGCUCUUCCACGGUCAGUCACUCAUCCCGGCCCCCUUCCCCCCAUCCCUGCUCUUCCACGGUCAGUCACUCAUCCCUGCCCCCUUCCCCCCAUCCCUGCUCUUCCACGGUCAGUCACUCAUCCCUGCCCCCUUCCCCCCAUCCCUGCUCUUCCACGGUCAGUCACUCAUCCCUGCCCCCUUACCCCCAUCCCUGCUCUUCCACGCGCACUUGCUUUCUUCUCUCCAUCCCCCGUCCUCCUGCCUCUCACCUGCUCCCGUCCACGUCUCCCCAUCAGCGGGCAGCAACCCGUCAGACACAGCAGCGGUGAUGGCAGCGGCAGUGCAUGCUGCCAUGCAUGCACGCAUCCCCUGCACCGCUCCUUCAACCACCUCUGCACCAUCAGCAUCUUCUGGGGGUGUGGUAGCGUGGGGCCCUGAAGCCAUCACAGGCUCAUGGCCAAUCCAAGACCGCCACCUGGCAGAAGCAGGCGUCACGGUGCAUAGGGGGCCACGCAGCAGCAGCAUUCCCAUGCUCGCCCCUCUCUCACCUGCCGUCGCUGCACCCAUGUGGUCGUUCAUUCCCCAGGCCAUCUGGGUGUGA